UCAAUGUGAACCAGUUGCUUAGAGAGGACUGGUGGGAGGGAGGGGAGCUCUGAGGAUAAAUGCGCUCUUUCAUUUCAAAGUGAAAGAAAUCCGUUACUAGAGGCACAUAACCGCGAGAGAAACUCCCGGCAAACAAGAGAUUUGCUAUCAAUGUGAAAAAUCCGCGGAGAUAAUCAUGGAUAACAAGUUAUCUGAGAAACCUCAUCUCAAACUUUUGGCUUGAUGAGCGAAGUUUCUGUCUACAGGAGAGCUUGAUCUUCAAAGACGCGCUCCGGAGUAAAGAGGGAUUAAGCGCGGUGCUGGGAAGACUGUUUGGGAAGGUGUUACACAUUAGUAAUGGUUUAAUCAGUCUGAACUGCGGCCUUUUGUUGAAUGGGACAGGUGUAACAUUUUCACGCCCAAAACAUGGGUCACUGAGGUGUCAAUUAAGUUUUUUUUCUCUUUAUCCUACAGAGCUUUUCGUGCGCUUAUAAUAUAAGUUUCUCCUGUGGUGCCAAAUAUUCCCACAGGGACUUUAGGAAACGCAAAAAUCACGACCAGGAAUUCUCGAGUAGAGUUUUUUUUUUUUUUUUUUUCAUCUAUAUUAAACAACUCGAGACUGCUUUUGUAAACGAGCCCCCACACGGACAGCAGACAUGCCACUGGAGCACCGUUUGACCGGAUUUUACGCAUCUCUUGGGGAAAGAGAGAGCUAAAAAAAGCGCGUGUGUGUUUAUGUGUUUGUGGUGGACACCGAUGCACUCAUUUCCAACAGCUCAGGGAACACCACUUUGUAAACAGGGAACAAUAAGAGAAAAAUAGAGACUCUGCUUUCAUUCGAUUUUAUAAAUGGAGCUGCGUAAUUACCUGUUACGCCUGGAGUUCAUCCUCCUUCUUAAAGGAUUGUGUCAGUGUUUCAAUAUAGAUGUAAAGAAUCCACGAAUCUUUACCGGACCAGAGGAGGCUCUGUUUGGCUUCUCUGUUUUGCAACAUGAAUCAGAGGGAGAGAAAUCGAUGCUGGUCGGUGCUCCCUGGGACGGCCCGCCCAACAACAGGAAAGGAGACGUGUACAAAUGCGUCAUAGGAGAAGAGAAGUACUCCAACUGCAGCAAAGUGAACCUAGGUGAGAUUGCUCUCCGGAACGUUUCUAAAAACCUGAGGAAUUCUCACCUGGGAAUGACGCUCACUCCAGACUCACCUGAUGGCUUCUUGGCAUGUGCCCCUCUGUGGUCUCAAGAGUGUGGUACGUCCAUGUUCAGCACUGGCAUCUGUGCCUCUGUCAGCGAUAACCUAGAACCAAGAGGGACCAUUGCUCCAACAGCGCAAAGGUGCUCCACAUACAUGGACAUCGUGAUCGUGCUGGAUGGCUCCAACAGUAUCUACCCCUGGUACGAGGUCCAGAACUUCCUCAGCAACAUCCUCAGCAAGUUCCAUAUCAGCUUAGACCAGAUGCAGGGCCCCAACCCGGAGGGGGAAGCCUUUUGCUUUUCCCGGGUCCCAAUUGGACACAUGCACCUGCCGAGACCAAGAGUCAAGUGGCGCAAAUACUUCUAUAGCUCUCAUUCUCUCUCCUCACUGUCCCUCAGAAACAUGAAGAAUUUUUAUUAUCUGCUUAUGGAUUUACUGUAUUUUCUAUUUUUUUAUUUCCAAUCCCUUCUGUAUUCCUCUAACGCCGGCCUCCAGGUUCUGGGUCAUUACAUCCGGCGGCAGCAGGACCCAGAAACGUUCAUCAAAGAGAUCAAGUCUAUUGCCAGCGACCCCGAAGAGAAGUACUUUUUCAAUGUGACCGAUGAAGCUGCGCUCAAUGACAUUGUUGAUGCCCUGGGAGAUCGCAUCUUCACUCUGGAAGGCACUCUGGGCAACAACGAGAGCUCAUUCCACAUGGAGAUGUCUCAGAUUGGCUUCUCCACACACACACUGGAUGAUGGCAUACUGUUUGGGAUGGUGGGCGCCUACGACUGGGAUGGUGGAGUGUUGAAGGAAGGGACCAACGGACGCAUAAUGCCGCCCAGAGAGGCUUUUGAAAGCGAGUUUCCACUGGAGCUCAAAAAUCAUGCUGCUUAUUUAGGUUACACAGUAUCAUCUGUGGUAGUUGGUGACUGGAAGAGGCUGUAUGUAGCUGGAGCUCCUCGGUUCAAGCACAAAGGCAAAGUCAUCCUGUUUGAACUCAGUAACGAGGGCGAUGUCAACAUUGUACAGGCCCUCAAUGGAGAACAGAUUGGAUCUUACUAUGGCAGUGAGGUGUGUGGGAUGGAUAUUGACCAGGAUGGCAUCACUGAUGUCCUUCUGGUUGCAGCUCCAAUGUACCUUGGUUCAGGAAACAAGGAGACCGGUAGAGUCUACAUCUACACCCUCAGUGGGGAGGAGGUGUUUGUAUCCAAUGGUACUCUGAAGUCAGAGGAUAAGUCCCAGGAUGCCAGGUUUGGUUACGCACUGGCAACCGCUCCAGACCUUAACCACGACGGCUUCACUGACCUGCUGGUGGGAGCCCCGCUGGAGGAUGAGCACAAGGGGGCAAUCUAUGUCUACCACGGAGAUGGUAUUUACAUCAUCCACAAUUACAAGCAGCGUAUUUCAGGGUCAUCGAUUUCCCCCUCCCUGCAGUAUUUUGGCCGUAGUGUGAGUGCUCAGUUGGACUUGGAUGGAGAUGAGCUCAUAGACUUGGCAGUGGGAGCACAGGGCAGUGCAGUACUGCUCAGCUCUCGAAGCAUUGUCCAGAUCAAUGUGAGUCUGUCCUUCCAGCCGCACUCCAUCAACGUCAUUCAAAAGACCUGCCAGAGGGGUGGCAGAGAAUCAGCCUGUCUCAAUGCCACUGCCUGCUUCACAACCGUGUCCCGCUCCCCUGGCCCACACAGCAACAGCUUCGAUGUGUGGGUGUCGGCCAUGUUGGAUGACAGGAAACUGUCUGCACGGGCGCUGUUUGACGACAGCUCCCACCGACAGACCCAGCUGGCAGUCCAAGUUCACACAGGACAAACUCUCUGCUACAAACUGCCCUUCCAUGUCUAUGACACAGCAGAUUACAUCCGUCCAAUUAGCUUCUCACUGCGGUUUAAGAUCAACAAUACCGAGAGUGGUCCAGUGUUGGAUGAAGGCUGGCCAACAACUGUCAAGAAAUCUAUCCAGUUCUUUAAAGACUGUGGUGAGGACGAUGUGUGUACAACAGACCUGGUGCUGCAGGCUCAUAUGGACAUCCCUGGGACUAGACAGAAGCCUUAUGUGAUUCGCAGCCCUCGUAGGCGUCUGGCGGUGGAGGUCCAGCUUCAGAACAGACUGGAAAACGCCUACAACACCAGCCUGACGCUGCACUAUUCACGCAACCUGCACUUCUCCAGCCUCAGCAUUAGGGAGGAUGUCCACUUUAAGAUUGAGUGUACAGCACUCAGUGCCAACAGCCACUCGUGUAAUGUCAGCUAUCCAGUGUUUCGCUCCCAGUCAAAGGUUAACUUCAUGUUGGAGUUUGAGUUCAGCUGCACAUCUCUGCACAGUCGAGUGCAGAUGAAGCUUUAUGCUGCCAGUGACAGUGUGGAGAGAGAGGAUACUUUGGAGGACAACAGUGUUCAGCUGCAGAGUUUUGUUCAGUAUGAACCUGACUUGUUUGUUAGCAGUGACUCUAAUUUGAACCGAUACGAGGUCCACCCCACUCGGACAGUAUCGGAGUCAAUUGGACCAGAGUUCUACACGCACCUGAGGCUGCAGAACCUCGGCUGUUACUCCGUGAGUAAUCUGGAGUUGAGGCUGCAUCUGCCCUCUGUGGCUGCAGGAGACAGAGUCUUCAUGACCGUCACCGAUGUCUUCUCAUACAACGCCACGGGGGUGAACUGCAGCAUGCUGAGUGAUCUGGCCCAGCUUAAGGCCAGACAGAGAGAUGUACGCUCCCUUCAUCCCGAAGACAUGAUGCAGAAUGACAUACUGAACUGCAGCAGAUCAUGGUGCACUGAGAUUGUGUGUGAAGUCCAGCAGCUUCUAAGAGGGCAGGCCGCCGUCAUUCGCGUCAGCCGCAGAGUUCAUGAUGAUUUUUUCAGAAAAGCCAAAUAUAAGUCAGUUAGGAUAAUAGGUGCCUAUCGCGUUGUAGCUCAGGAGACUAACCUCAUCACUCUGGGCACAGGAACAGUCUGGAGGGAGACUGUUCUGGAGGUGCUAAAGGGCAGAGCUAUUCCCAUCUCGCUGUGGAUUCUGAUUGGCAGCAUCAUUGGAGGUUUACUGCUACUGGCCCUCAUCAUUUUUAUACUAUGGAAGCUGGGAUUCUUCACACGCAAACAAAGAGGAGAGGAUGAGAACCAUGAGGACUGAGCCCAAGUUUUGCUGCCAUGACAACAGUCAUUUGCCAUGACGACUACCACACGGGCUGAGUCCCGUCUUACUAGGCACAGAGACAGUUUGGACUCGAUACAAAGACGCAACAGGGGCCUCCAGGACCAAAGAGAGCAUCGCAAGGGUCCAACAGAAAUGCACUACCCACUAUUUCCAGGGUCGGGAGCACUUAUGUAAAUAAUCUUUUUCUAAUGUUAAGGACAAAACAAAGUGUAUUAAACCACAAUUCUUCUAUUUAAUAUUCAGACAUCUUCAAGGUUUUACAUUUCAAACAAUCACUCUGUCCUAUGUUUGUCAUACAGGUUUGUGUUUGUUUUUCGAUUAAAUUAAAAAAAAGUUAAUUUA